AUGCUAAGUUCUGUAGGACUGAAAUCUUCACAGGCUUCCUCUGGACCCUACGGUGACGAACAUGGUCGAUCCGCUUAUGCGUCAUGGGCCAGUACCAAAGAACGAGGAGUAAAUGAGUAUGUGAAGGACUUGCAGGAGGCUGGAAGGUACGCUUUGUGGGCACCGCUGCUGCAUGGUGCAUCUACGCUAGAAGAACCGUCCUUAUUGUUGGGACAGAUUCGCUUCGACGUGACGGCAGAUGACCAGCGUGGGUCUUGGCUGUUGCCGGAAGAAUUGUUGGCUCAGCAGCGAAGGCCAGUCGAUGAGGAUGGUGAUGAUAGGCAGCUUUUUACCAACACACCAAUUACUGAAGAGGAGCAGCAGGCAAUAGACCAUGUUUUGAUGCAGUUGCUGGAGGUGCAGAGGCAAAAGGAUGUAGGGAAUAAUGCACAAAAGUUGCCAGAAGCGUUACUGGGGGUCCAGCCCGCCUGGCUGGAACAGCUGGUUCUGCGAUACCUGUACAGUUGUUCUUUUGACAAGCAGAAGACCUUCGACCUUUUGCAGUCCACUCUUACUUUUCGCACUCAGCAACUUCCCGUGCUGGAAUCGGAAGUUUAUCAUGAACUGCGCAAUAUGGGCGCGUGCUAUUGGCACGGAAGGGACCGGAAGAUGAGGCCACUGCUUGUCGUUUCACUUCAGAGGCUCCAACAGCUGCAACGAGAGGCAGCAGUGGAGGAGAAGGUGACACGUCUUGUCGUUUUUUGCCUGGAAUUCUUCCUAAGAUACCUCUGCGUCGCGGGAGUCGUGGAAAACUGGUGCAUCCUGUGCGAUUUGAAGGGAACAUCAAUUUUAAGUUUCCCAUUGCCAUUGCUUCUGAAAUUAGUGCAAUUGAUCCAAGGGUCAUACAGAGGCCGCCUUUAUCGUUUCUAUAUACUUUACGCACCACGACUAUUCCACUUCAUAGCCAAGCCUUUGGUCUCCUCCCUACCGGCAACUACGGCAAAGAAGCUUCGAGUGUUUACAAGUCCUGAUGACUGGCACCACGAACGGCGAGCGCAGUUCGCUGGCCACCAGCUUGAGAAGAAGUAUGGGGGCACAGCUCCUGACAUAAUCGAGAAUUGGUACCCCUUUCGCUUCUUCCCAGGGCCAUUCGAACCAGAGUGCGAAGCAGGCCACAGUGGCGCUA